AUGGCCUGCUCGAUCAACAAAGUUAAGCAUCUCUUCUGGUACAUGGUGCUAGCAACGGUUGUUGUGUUGAUAUGGAGUCCACAGACUAUGGCAAAGAUGGUCGUCGCUUCGCAGCAUGCACCGAGAGACACGCGAGAGAAACGACAAUUGAGGUCAAGCUCAUCUACGACGAAGGGAGUUAACGACGGCGACGAAGAAAGAAUGGAACCUAGAAUUAAUCUUGACUUAAGAUUGAAUAUUGGACCUGAUAUUGACGAGGGGAUUGUUGCUAGGAUCCCUAAAGUUGACGAAGACGCGAAAAGCCUGCUUGAGAGCGCUCGUCUAAUGGAGUGGUACAAUUCUUUGGGGCAUGCGACUGCGGAGAAACAUCUAAAUACCGCCAUACUUAAGCUUUCAGAUCUUAUUGCCGAUAACGGGAAAGAAAGGGUAAUCAGCAUGCUAAAGACCGCAAAAGCCGAUCCGGCUACGAAACAAAUGGCUGCUGAUUUGGAAAUAAUCCUGAAGCUGAAUCAACAUCUUGAUGAGCCCACUUUCACUAUUUUAGCAGCUGGCAUGGAUGAUGUUACCACCAUUUUGAAGAGCUCGUUACUUCAAAAUUUCCUCAACUUAUAUACGCAACUAACCACAAAAUCCCCAUUUCCGCUGUUGUUUAAGCAGUUAAUGCAACGCUUUGGUGAAGAAAAGCUACCAGAAUAUCUUCUUGCGGCGCAAAAAGACGAAGCUGCGAAGGAAACGGCAGAACUUUUGAUGGGGUGUCAGAUCGAGUACUGGGAAGAUCAUGGAUAUAGUAAUGACGAUGUCAUUAAGCUUCUUGGGCUUAAAAAAAGAGGCUUAUACAUGCACGACAGCCCCGAAUGGCCUAAGUGGGCCCUGUAUAGAGAAAUGCUGGACAACAAAAAUGUUUUUAGAAACAGAGCUAGCACUUUCAGUGCUGAGGAAUCACUAUGGGGACGGCAUUCUACUCAAGCACCGGAGACGAGAAAGCGUCAGCAAAACGACGGCGAAGCACCAGCGCCGGCAAAGCGCCAACGAAACGACGAUGGUCAGUAG